UUCAUUUUGUAUUUAUUCGGACUACUGUGUUGUGAUAGAAAUUAAAAUUUACAGAGCCAGCUAAAAUGAUUUGAUGCUCUAAUUACAAUAUCGAAUCGCUCCGUUAGACUAUACUCAAAGCCUGUGUAAUGUGUGGUUACAUGUAAAAUUAUUUAGGUCACAAUGCUGAGUCGUUUUUCAGAUGUGCUACAAACAGCGGCGGACGUUUUGGCGCCUCCAGCCACGAGGUUGGAGGACUUCGAGUACCAUUGGAAGAUGAUACUGAAUUUUUACCAGAACUAUGACGAGAAUAACAAACAACAUGUCGAGGAGACUAGGAUACCUCAUCACCUGCAUCAAAUGUUACAGCUAAUAGUAGACGAAGAAAAAGAACAGCAGGGUGGUACAGUCGGCCCAUGCAUGGAGGCCAUUGUCCAACGCUCCAUAUGUCUACUGGACGCGUUAUGUGCCCUCGCGGCGGCCGAGCGUCCGCCCGGAGCGCGGGCGUUAGCACUCACGACGGGGACUGCGUUACUGAGGAGGACGAGGCAGCCCUGUGUUAAUAGUGCGCAUGUUUAUAGGCCUUUGCAGAGAAUGUUAAUCCAAUGCAACGAAAGUCCAGCAUCUCCAACGGAGAAGGAAGAGGUAGAAUUACUUCUAACUCUCUGUGGUCUAGUGCGUAAGGAGCCAGGUCUGGCUAAUAUAUUCACCACGCCCUUCGUAGAAGACAAGUCUACCUUGCUCAGCAUACCUGAAGAUAUACAGAAGCUGAUACCUAUUAAGAGUAAGAUCCAAACACCAAAGAAGAACCCUCUAUUCGAAGUAGAACUCCCCCCCAACCCUCUCCGCAACGUGUCUAUAAUCCGCACAAGUAAGGAUGACAGUUGUAACGCCACCACGUGUUCGUCGGACGACAACGUCUCGUGUAAGAGUCAUAAGACGGUGUACGAUGAUAAUGAUAAAUUCCUGCUCAUUGAUUUGUUGCUGUCUUAUUUGAAUAGUGCGGAUAACCAAGUAGUCCUCCGAGCAUGUGAAGGCAUAAUGAUCGUGUCCUCUCUACCCGAGGAUGAUAUAGCGAACCUAGUGACGAGCUGCAGCCCCGCCUGCGAGACGAUAGUGGACAAGCUGGCGGCCAAGUACAAGUGCAUCCCGGCCAACGUCGACCCCAGUGAUGUCGACCAUCUUAAUAUUACGUGGGCAUACGUUGCACAAGACUUUGGAGACAAAUCGUACAGCAAAUUCCACGGAUACAGAGAGUUAACGAGUUUCUUCUCCUGGCUAGACUACUGUGAUACUUUGAUGAAGGAAUGCCACCCGACGAUAGCAUCGCACUUAUCUCGAACAUUCCGUCAGAACUUUCUGGAAGGCACCGCGGAGAAUGGCAUCAGUGACAUCCACCACGCGGUGCUGGUGACCGCUAUACUCGCCAAGUGUCUUAAAGUUGUCGACUCGCCUGAUCUUAUUAAUGAAUUCUCCAACUGGCUGGUGGGCGAGGGCGAGGUGUCGGAGUGGCCGCUGCUGCACACGCUCAUUAACAACUGCUUGACGGAGUACCACGACCUCACACUAGAAACAUUAAGGUUCUUCGAGACGAUAAUAGAAAAAGGCACAGAACACAGCAUACAUCGGGUGGUGUUGGCUCGAGUGACGUCGCGGGGGUAUUAUGCUCCGCAGCCCAACAACGACGACGACGAGAGAGACAGGCUUAACGACCUGUCUAUAGGGAGGGAGAGAGAAUAUAAUAGGGAAGCGAUGAAACAACUCCAACACGAGGACCACGUGAACGAGCAGAUCACAGACAUACUGUCACACGAAGGGCUCGACCCCAAGCACCACGACGAGGGCACGGAGAACAUACACAGAGUCAUCAACAGCUUCCUGCUGCUACUGCCGCGAGCGAUACUGUCGGACCCGGUGGGGGCCGACUACGAACAUUACAUACACGAUGCGCAUAGGCGGUAUCAGUACUGGCUGGACGCGACUUCCACAUUCAACUGGCCAGCCGAUCACAACUGGGUAGAUACCACAGCCAGCUCAACUCACAGUUACGACAGCCGACCCGAAGCCGACAUACAUUUAGACGACGCCUUCGAACCAAUCAAAACAGACACACGACAGUUACCCAAAAACGACACAAAACACUUCUCACAGAAACUAGUCCUUCGAUCCAGAGACUUAACUUCCCAAACCUCUGAGGAAGAAUUCGACGAAGGACCAUUUUUCAAAAUGAUAUUCAAAUUACUUGCCAACAUGCCCACACAACCUUACCAAGUUAAUUUACACCUAACUUCGAUUAUAUCUCAGUUGGCUUUGUUACCUCAUCCUAAUUUACACGAGUAUCUUCUUAACCCUACUCUGCCGACGGCUAAAAAGACCCCGACGUUGUUUAAAACGUUGCAAGAGUUGGCGAGACGGUUGACUAUGGAGAUACCGCGGUUAAGGAAUUAUAAGAAGAUUAUUGAGAACACGAGGCUGUGGUUAAUGAGUGAAGAUCCUAGUUAUGAUGAAAAUGCCGACCACAACAUGUUGGUGGAAAGUCUGAUAGUACUCGAAGAAUUCUGCAAGGAGUUAGCAGCCGUCGCGUUUGUCAAGUACCAACAUAGCUUACAUAUGCAGAGAUAACUUGUGUUAAAUAUCGCGUAAGUAUUGUGAAUAUAUUGAUGGAAGUCCGAUUGUGAAGUGAUGAGUGUUAUAACGCCCGGUUCGUAGUAAGAAAACGAGUCGUUUCGCUUACGGGCGGUUACUUAACAAAGUUUCUUUUUACAUGAACUGGGCGUUAGUAAACUUUGUCAUUUUUUUCAACAUUAAUGAAAAUUUGUAAAAUAGCUGUAGAUAGAAAAGAAAUCCAUGUGAUUUCAUUUGAUUUCAUUAAAAAUGUUACAAUUUACGAUAUUUUCAAAUAAAAAAAUAAAAAACUAAUACAUUUGUCAUUCACAAUUGGAUAGGUUGUUUUCACUGAAAGCGUGGAGCAGCACAUGUAAACAAGUUCUACAACGCUGUGUCGGGUUUUGAAAAGUUUGCAAAUAUCAUAGGAUUUGCUAGAAAACAGAGUAAAUACGUUCGUUCAAGUAUAUAAGUAUGCUAUGUACCAAUCUGCUAGUAUUACAUUAUUUAUAUAAACACUUAGAUAUAGUACAAAGACGGAAUCUGCAUUUCAAGCCUAAGUUUGCUAUUUCAGUUUAACUGUUUUUACACGAAUUGUUUAAUUUAAUUUAUUUUGUAAUAUUUAUAAGAUCAAUCAAUUGAUUAUAACCGUUAUGAAAGUUUUAGAAACUAAAAAUAAUGUAUUUUAUUUAAGUUUUUUUCUCUAGGUUCGGGUUCGAGUAUCUGUACAAACAUCCUUACUAUUACGCUAAAUGCGAAAGUAACUCUGUUUGUCUGUCUGUCGGGCUUACACCUCAAAACUACUGAACCGAUUGUUAAGAGAUAACGUUACGUUACGUUUUACUCGGUUACCGAAAGCGGUUUUCCCAGCCCAUGAGUAAAACCACGGGCAACAGCUAGUUUGUAUAUAAAUAGAGGCAUAAAAACUCUCAUUCGCUCUACAGUAUGUGUAAAACACGGAUGGAAGGAAUUACAGGUAAAAAUUAUAGCAGCUUAUUUAUUUUUAUUUAUCACACUAUUUUGAUAUUAUUUUCUAAAUGUACUUUUCUUUGUUAAAAAUCUGAACGUAACAGAAGUGCGUUAAAUUUAAAUGCAUUAUCUGUAACAGUGCACAUUAAAUCUAAAAAUAAUAGGAAAAGGUAGUUAUGUUUAUCCAAUUUGUAGUAUAUUUUUAAAUAAUUCUCAUUCAUAUACUAAGAAAUUAGUAGUAAAAUAAAAAAAAAGUAAGAUUUUAUGAAAAUUUCUAAAAGAUGACUUCGAAAUUACCAACCUAUGUACUUAUGUAUUUUUUAUUAUUAUAGAUUUAUUAUAUUACACAGUUUCGAAUAAAUACAUUAUCUAAAUACUGUUUGUCUUCUGAUCUGCCAGUUUUGCUUUUGGCCCUUUUGUCCGCAUUAAUAAAAAAGGACCAAAAUGCAUUCCUAUUAUAUAUGGUUUUAUAAUUUUUAACGUCAGUAUGGCCUUAUAAAUAUAAUAGAAAGUUCUCGUCCGAGUAUUUAAGCGUCACUUUAUUUUAAUAAGCAUUUUAUUAUUUAUUAGGUACCUCUGUGGUACUCAAACUAUUGAAUUCUACAGUCAUCUUCAAAUCAUGGUUGAUUAAAAUAAGUCACGUUUAAAUAUGGCGGAAUUUUGAAUGCUCAUAAAAUAUCCACUGCUGUGUUCGACUUGUCAGUAAAUUCUAGUCUGAAAGGGGUACUUUAGCCUGCUCUAGAGGUUUACAAAAAAAAACUGUGUGACCUGACUCUUGCCUAAUUGAUAUCGUAUGGGUGAUGAAAAUAGUUUAAACAUUAAAAAAAAAAAAACACUAAAUGGUUUGUACUAAGACCAUACUACCAGCUCUGCCAUUUUUAUUCUAUAUAAUUAUGUUAUUCUGUUCGAAAACAUUCUGACACAAUACUCAAUCAACUAAGCUAGGCACUACAAAUUCGAAAUACGAUGUUUUUAAUACCACAUUUUGAAGAGUAGGCACCCCCUUAUAAUAUAUGUUUAAAUGCGUACCUAUUCAUAUAAUUCAAUGGUGCAAUAUUUAUAUUUAGAAACAUUCCUUAUAUAACUUAUAAACAAAAGAAAAGCUUUGGUUUCAUGUAAAUGUAUAAUCAUACCGUUUAUUUGUUUGCACAAAUACGUACUUGUUAUUGAUUAUAUUAUUGUUUAUGUAAAUGCCUGAAUUUGCUGUUGAAAUAAAAUGUGAAAGGAAAA